UCUUUUCCCAUUCCCCACCGGCAGAAGCAUCCAGGCGCCGGCGACGUGGCCUCCCCGGCCUUACGUGCCCUGCCGCAUGCGGGGACACGUACGCGCCUGCCCAAUCCCAUCUCGGCUUCUUCGAUCGCGGCGAGUAGAUAACGCCGUCUCCUCCCGCUCGAUCCCUCCUGCUAAAUCCUCCUCCUCGAUCAUCCUCACCUGCUCCUCCAUCGGUUCUUGCUUGAUCUCCUGCUGUACUGCCAUCAUCUUCCCCUCAUCGACGCGAGCACCGCCUUGUUCGUUUGGGAUAAAAUGUCGGGAAUCUCACUGGCGGUGGCGCCGCGGUCGGACCCGGACAACGGGUCGGAGCGGCAGCCGACGGCGAUGCUGGGCGGCGUGAUGGGCUCGCUCCGCGUGAUCGAGCUGCAACUGGUGGCGUUCAUCAUGGUGUUCUCGGCGUCGGGCCUCGUCCCGCUCAUCGACCUCGCCUUCCCCGUCGCCACCACGCUCUACCUGCUCGCCAUCUCCCGCCUCGCCUUCCCGCCGCUGCACUCCAAGCUCGACGCCGCCCGCUCGCCCGCCGCCUCCCAGGAGAUCUUCCGCGGCAGCAAGUUGUUCCAGGUGUACGUGGUGUUGGGCACGACGGUGGGGCUGUUCCUUCCGCUGGCGCACGUGCUGGGCGGGUUCGCGCGCGGCGACGACGCGGCGGUGCGGUCGGCGACGCCGCACCUGUUCCUGCUGUCGUGCCAGAUCCUGACGGAGAACGUGGUGGGUUCGCUGGGCGCCUUCUCGCCGCCGGUGCGGGCGCUGGUGCCGCUGCUCUACACGGUGCGCCGUGUCUUCGUCGUCGUGGACUGGGUGUACGACGUGUGGACGAACCGGGAGCUCACGCAGGCGUCCACCGCGCAAGAUGCCGCGUGGCUGUGGUUCGGGCGGUACCUCGCCCUCGCCAACCUGCUCUACUUCUCCGCCAACCUCUUCGUCUUCCUCAUCCCGAGGUUCCUGCCCCGGGCGUUCGAGAAGUACUUCCGCAUGCGCGACGAGGCGUGCGCCAAGACGGCCGAGGACAGGCGCGCGCGCGGCGGCCACCUGGCGGCGCCGGCGCCGGAGCAGCACGGUGAUGCCGGCAAGCCGGUGGAGGCCAAGAAGGCGGACUGAGCGAGCUUGCUUGCUCGCAUGUGUUCUUCAGUUCGCUGGCCUGUUUGCCUUUUCCUCUCGUUUCUUUUCGGUAGGCCGACACGUGUGUAUGUUGUUGUUGCCAUGGCUUUGGCGAUGUAGAGGAUAAAUUUAAAUUUCAAAUGUGGUAGUGGCGUGACAAUGGAAUCUCGCCUUGCAACGAUUGCUUUAAAUUGAAUUUAA